UCCCGCCAAAUCUCUCUCUCUCUCUCUCUCUCUCUCUCUGCUUCUGCGAACGACGAUGGCGAUGAGUGUAGUUGUUUCGCUAAUCUCCAUUCUCGUCGCGUCCACCAUUUUCUCGCAACCAAACGCAAUGUCGUUUCCUCAAGAGCUCCUCAGCACCAUCGGAACGGCAGUUCCACCUUCUUCUUCAACCUCUCUGUCUCCCGCAACUUCGUCCAUACUCGGACCUCCAUUUUCUAAUACCUCUUUAUCUCCGGCGACUAGUUCAGUCCCAAGAACUGCUCCUCCUCUUGUUCCGGCUUUGUUUGUCAUCGGCGAUUCCUCCGUUGACUGUGGAACCAACAACUUCCUCGGCACGCUUGCUCGAGCUGAUCGACUCCCGUACGGUCGGGAUUUCGAUACCCAUCGUCCCACCGGGAGGUUCUGUAAUGGAAGAAUUCCCGUUGACUAUCUUGCACUUCGUCUUGGGCUUCCUUUUGUACCAAGCUAUCUUGGGCAAGCUGGAACUGUGGAAGAUAUGACUCAUGGAGUGAAUUAUGCAUCUGCUGGAGCUGGCGUAAUAUUCUCAAGUGGGUCGGAACUGGGCCAGCACAUUUCCCUCACACAACAAAUUCAGCAGUUUACUGAUACAUAUCAGCAGUUUAUCUUGAGCAUGGGCGAGCUAGCCGCAACUGAUCUUAUCUCAAACUCUGUAUUCUACAUUUCAAUUGGCAUCAACGACUAUAUUCAUUACUAUCUGAUUAAUGUGUCUAAUGUACAAGAUCUGUAUCUGCCAUGGAGUUUCAACGAGUUCUUAGCCUCUACAAUAAGGGAGGAACUCAAGAACUUGUACAACUUAAACGUAAGAAGAAUGGUUGUUGUGGGGCUGGCACCUAUAGGUUGUGCCCCUCACUACUUGUGGCGAUACAGAAGCAAUAACGGGGAGUGUGUUGAAGAGAUCAAUGACAUGGUCAUGGAGUUCAACUUUGUCAUGAGAUACAUAAUUGAUGAGCUUAGUCAGGGGCUUCCUAAUUCGAAUAUCAUCUUCUGUGAUGUGUUUGAAGGUUCCAUGGAUAUAAUAAAAAAUCAUAAACGUUAUGGUUUCAAUGUCACUACCGAUGCUUGUUGUGGGUUGGGCAAGUACAAUGGUUGGAUCAUGUGUAUAUCAGAAGAAAUGGCUUGCAGUAAUGCUUCUAAUCAUAUCUGGUGGGAUCAGUUCCAUCCUACUGAUGCAGUAAAUGCUAUCCUAGCUGACAAUGUAUGGAAUGGCCUGCAUACGAAUAUGUGCUAUCCCAUGAACUUGGAGGAUAUGGUUACUUAG